UGUCGAAAAAAAGAUUUCAGUCUUUAAAAAUCUCUUGUUUAAAAAUCAAUAUGAAAACAUUUUUGAUAUUUUUUACCACAUUCGUAAUGUUUUUGACUUUUACUAUAGGAUUGAAUCCGAUCUGCGAUGAGACACCUAUUACAAUUCCACGUAAAUGUUUGGAUCAAAUUGAAGUGUGGAGUUACAAUUUUUUGGAAGAUAAAUGCACAUCUUGGUUAACCUGCCCAAUCCCUAACUACGGUGAUAAUAUGUUUUACACGAGAGCAGAGUGUUCACUCAAUUGCAAAGAUACUGACCUUAGAAUUACAAGAAGGUCAUCCUGCGGCUCAUGUGUUCCGAAAUAUGCUAUUUGGAGUUACAGUACGCUAGAGGAAAGAUGCAUUUCUUGGCAUUCAUGCAAAAAACCUCAGUAUCGACGAAACAACUUCCGCUCUAAGGAUGAUUGCGAUUUGAUAUGCAAAAAGAAGCCCAAUUAAAAAAUGUUACUAAAACUAGA